GAGAUUACCCAUCUCUUCGUCCCACCACUCUUUUCAAUGUCUGCGGUCUCCACCUUAUCAUUUAUCUCUGCCUCCAUGAAUGUCUUCCUCUUUCACACAAUUCCAACUAGUCACACCCACCUCACUUUCUCCACCAUCUCAUUCUCAUUCAAACCCCACAAAAACCCUUUAAAAAUCUCCAAAUCUCCUCCUCCAAGAGACACAAUCAUCGACUUCGGCAAGUACAAAGGGAAAAUGAUGGGCACCCUCCCUUCAACCUACCUCAAAUGGGUCUCCAAAAACCUCCGCGCCAGGGACUUCGAGCACUGGGCAAAACUCGCAGACCAAGUGCUCCAAGAUCCCGUUUACAAAGACAGAAUCGAAUGGGAGUUUGCAGAAAGCGUCUUGACCGGAAAUAACGCAAAUACUGUUAAUUUCUCAGGAAACGAUACGAAUAUUGGCGCAGUUUCUCAGUUGUUAGAGUUGAGUGAAAGGUUCGGUUGGGAUAACGAAAACAAAGCGGCGUGGAGUCGGGUUAAUUUCGAGCUUCUGGGGACAAGUAAGGGUGGAAGAAUACCGAGAAUUUUGGACGGUGAAAGUGAAAAUGAUGGAGAGAAAGAGUUAUUUGAAGUGCAGAAGAAAGAGAGAGCUGGGAUGUUAACAGAGAGUGAAAAAAGAAGAAGGGAGAGGAGGUUGAGAAUGAGAUUGGGGGCGAAGGAGAAGAUGAAGAUUAGAAACGAUGAUAAGAUUAAUGGUGAGAUAAGAAGUGAGAUUAAGAGGGAUGAUGAUAAAGAUUUGAGGGUGGAGAUUAACAAUCCAUUUCCCGGACGUGAAGAAUUAUUGAAGAAAGUGCUUAAUCGGAAGAGAAUUUUGUAAAUGUAUAUCGAGUCAAGCUGCGAGCUGUUUAAUUUGUUUACUGCUUUAUUCACUUGAUACAAUGGCAGAUUUUCGGUCUUUAAAAU